GGUAAGAUGAUAGAUAAUAAGGAAAAUAUAUAUUUUGUAGCUUAAUUCACUUUGAGAAAUAAAAAAUUAAAAUGACCCCAUCUCUUCUAUCCCUUCUUAUAACUCUGCUUAUAAUAAUAUUGUUAACAUGUUUUCAUGGAAUAUUGUUGAGUUACGCGGUUGAUUACGACUUUAGUUACAUGAAAUCUGUUGUGAACGCAACCGAUUUACCCUUAAUAGAAGAAUAUGACUACAUCGUGAUUGGAGGUGGCACAACCGGUUGCCCUAUAGCGGCAACUUUGUCAGAAAAUUACUCAGUUCUUGUCCUCGAAAGAGGAAACGUCCCUAAAGCUCACCCGAACACAUUGGUGUCCUCGGGGUUCGUGAAUCUUCUAUCUGAAGAAGACACUGAUGACAAUACUAAUACACCGGCGCAGAGGUUCACCUCGAAAGAUGGUGUUGAUAAUGUAAGAGGUAGGGUUUUGGGAGGGUCGAGUAUGAUUAAUGCUGGCUUCUUUUCAGAAGCUGAGCAUGAUUUUUUUGUGAAGUAUUCUGGUGUGAAAUGGGACAUGAAUGAGGUUGAAAAGGCUUACAAGUGGGUGGAAGAUAGCAUAGUGUCAUACUCGAAUCUAUCAACUUGGCAAUUUGCCGUGAAAGAAGCUUUGUUAGAAGCUGGAGUUGGUCCUGACAAUGGUGUUACUACAAAACAUAAGGUUGGAACUAAAAUAUCUGGUUCGAUUUUCGAUGAUGAAGGACGAAGACAUGGAGCUGUGGAGUUGCUUAAUAAUGGAAACCUAAAAAAUUUGCAAAUUGCAAUUCUUGCCUACGUAACAAAAAUUAUCUUUUCUACUAAUUCCUCAAUAGGUCACCCGAAUGCUAUUGGAGUCAUAUACACCGAUACAAAAGGAAAAUCUCACAAGGCAUUAAUAUGUAAUAAAGGAGAAGUAAUAUUAAGUGCAGGUCCACUUGGAAGUCCUCAACUUUUGCUACUAAGUGGAAUUGGUCCAAAAUCAAACCUCACAUCACAACAUAUUCCCAUAAUCCUUUCACAACCAAAUGUUGGACAAUUCAUGGCUGAUAAUCCUCGCAACAACCUUAAUCUUGUAAUCCCAUUCCCAUUAGAAGCAUCAUAUAUACAAAUUGUUGGCAUAACUAAAGAUUAUUACAUAGAGACCAUGUCUUAUAGCCUACCAUUUUUUCCAACUACAUUACCAUUUAGCAUUUACCCCAACACAUCAAAUCCAUUAGAAUUAAGUUUAGGAUCCAUUGCUGAAAAAAUUGUGGGACCUUUAUCAACCGGUUCACUUUGGUUGGCUUCUACAACUGAUGUCAAAGUCACACCAUAUGUUCAAUUCAACUAUUUCUCUAAUCCAAUUGACCUUACACGUUGUGUUAGUGCAAUGAGAAAAUUGGGUGACUUACUAAAAACUAAGUCAUUAGAUCGGUUUAAGUACACAAAUAAUUUGAAUGGUACUAGAGAUUUUACAUUUUUUGGGCCUCCUUUGCCUGAUAAUUACCAGACAGAUAAUUCUUCCAUGGAAGAAUAUUGUCGAAGUUCAGUUACGUCGUUUUGGCAUUAUCACGGCGGAUGUUUAGUGGGGAAGGUUGUGGAUGGUGAUUUUAAGGUUAUUGGAAUUGAUUCACUUCGAGUUGUUGAUGGUUCAACUUUUACCAUAUCUCCUGGGACUAACCCUCAAGCCACAUUAAUGAUGAUGGGUCGUUAUCUUGGAGUGAAAAUGUUAAGAGAAAGAACACAGCAAAACUAAAAAUCUCUAAUCAUUUGGGUUAAUUUGUGUAUGUGAAUGUAAUUGGGUUAAUUUGGUUGGGGUAUGUAGACAUCCGUUGGAUGCUUAUUUAAGUUAUUAAUAAAUAAUAUAUCGUUGUAUGCUAUUUCAUUUAUUAUGUUAACAAUUUUUAUCAAAUUAUUAAUUAGGUAGCUAAUGGUGAUUAAUUUCUUUUA